AUUGCCAUGGAGUUUUGCAACGGCAGCCUGCUGGCUAGGUGUGCCCCCCUGAUGGAGCCGGAUGAGGAGGAAGGGGUGGUGAUUUCACCACCACCGUCGCCGCCAGGGGUUGGGGCUACUAGUCCCUUCAUGCCUGUCACCCUGCGUGUGAUGCUGGCCGCCAUCAUGAUCUUCAUGAUCACCAUUGGUUUCCUGGGAAACGCUAUCGUUUGUCUGAUCGUCUACCAGAAGCCCGCCAUGCGUUCCGCCAUCAACCUGCUCCUCGCCACACUGGCGUUCUCUGACAUCAUGCUCUCGCUGCUCUGCAUGCCCUUCACUGCUGUUACCAUGGUUACGGCCGACUGGCACUUCGGGGGAGGGUUCUGCCGUGCUUCCGUUAUGCUCUACUGGCUCUUCGUCCUGGAAGGCGUGUACAUCCUCCUCAUCAUCAGUGUAGACCGCUUCCUAAUUAUCGUUCAGAGGCAGGAUAAGCUGACACCGCACCGCGCCAAGCUGCUCAUUGUUGCUUCCUGGGCGCUGUCCCUCUGCGUGGCACUCCCGUCUGUGAUCGGCUGGCGGGCGGGCACGGCGGGUGUGACGGGCAUUGGGGAGGCCUGGGCGCCACAGUGCGUGCUGGGCUACAGUGAGUCGCUGUCCGACCGCAGCUACACGGUGCUGCUGGUGGUGGCUGUGUUCUUUGUGCCGUUCGGCAUCAUGCUCUACUCCUACCUUUGCAUCCUCAACACGGUGCGCCGCAACGCCCUACGCAUCCACAACCACACCUACGACCAGGCCAGCCUUCCGGCCCUCAACCAGGUCAGCAAGCUGGGUCUUACAGGCCUGCAACGGCCCCCCCAGGUCAAUGUGGACAUGAGCUUCAAGACCCGUGCCUUCACCACCAUCCUCAUCCUCUAUAUCGGCUUCUCUGUGUGCUGGCUACCCCACACCGUUGUCAGUCUGCUGGCCGUGUUCAGCCAAAGGUUCUACUUCAGCCCGGCUUUUUACCCGGUCAGUGUGGGGGCACUUUGGCUCAGCUACCUGAAGACGGUGUUUAACCCCGUCAUCUACUGCUGGAGGAUCAGGAAGUUCCGGGAGGCGUGUCUGGAAUUUAUGCCCAAGAGCUGCAGGCUGUGUCCCAGGUUGCCGGGCCGGAGCCGCAGGAGGGUGAGGCCCAGUAACAUCUACGUGUGCAGCGAGAUCCAGUCGGCUGUGUGA